AUGUUGUUUUUAUACAUAUGGCUUUUGGCGGCGGUCUUCAUGGCCAAGGGCAUCGUCGCUGAAAGCACCACCGAUUACUUCAGCCUGCUUGAGCGUGCCAAUGAUCAAUGUGAUGCCGACCACAUUAAUCAUAUGAAUCAAUAUAUCGACGAUAGCAUCACUCUGGCCAAUUCUUUCAUCUCUGCCAUGGAUGCUGCUCUAAAAGAGGACGACGGGGGUCAGGAUGGUAUCAAUGGCAUAGUAGCCCGACGUCUGUUUACCGUUUGGUUUGGCAUAGAGUUCGGCGGUGCGCUCGGUGAAGAUCCAGCACCGACGGCUGGAACCAUGGCCAUCUGGGAGGCGAUGCAGACUGCGUUCGAUGCCGUGCAUAACGUGCUAGACACUGAAACCUUUGUCGGGCCGGGGCUCACGAACGAUAAACCAUUUUUGUCGUGCACUGGAGAAUUUGCUCAGAAAUACUCUUGGGGCGAUCAAGCCUACAAUACCGAUGGGUAUUUAAUCCCAGGAAACUCCAUUGCUGAUUUCUGGGAUGAGGAUGAUACCAAGGCCCCGUGGUGGAUUGAUGAGGUGUCAAUGUAUAUUUUCAACACCGCGCAAGCAGAAGACAAUAUGUGCGACGAGUACGUAGAUGGGAAGGGAAAGCUCAUCCAAAUGUAUGCAUACAGUAUGCAAGGCGACGACGAAGGUGUAAGAAAAACGAACACGGGACAACUUAUUUACACUGCAAACAAGAAACCCGGGUUGUUGAUGUGUCCCGUAACGUUUGAACGAGACAUCGAUAUACUCGACGAUGUUGAAUGGAAAGAUCCUAGUGGCAAGACGCAGAUCAGCCAGAUGUAUCCUCUGGGCUCGAUCACGAUGUUUCACGAGCUCUUCCACCUCAGCACUUAUUGGUUGGAAACAACGAACGCGGACGGCGACCCCGAGUAUAAUACAAACCCGACUUACAUUAGAGAUGUCACCUACGAUCCGUUCGAGUGCCUGCAGCUCGCUCAGGACAACGCCGCACAGACAGUCACGAAUGCCCAGACAUACGCUUUCUUCGCUUUCUCCUACUGGUACUUCGAGCAGAAUUGGGGGGGCAAUACGCCUGCUACUUUUUACCCUGGAUAUCUCGUUGUCUGGAAUGAUCUCUUUGGUUAG